GCUAUGUCUCUGAAGAAUUUGUGAGACUAUGUCAGCAUUCCCAUGGAAAGAUUUUGGUUGGCCUGACGGGACUCGCAGACAGCAUGGGGGAAUGAUCGGGAAUGAGUCUUGGAGAACGUUGUCAUAGAAUAUCUUCAUGUUAAUUAGACGAUUUUCAGGAUGGGAGAUGGUUUUGUCGCACCCAAAUUGGGUAAUAUGAAAGCAGUAUUGGGAAUACUUGCUGGAGCAGGUGCCUCUUAUGGGUUAUACAAACUGGUCCGCGGUAUUGGAGGAAAUGCAGAGAAGAAAAAUAGAACGAAAAAGGUAGAAAGAAGUGGUCCAGAUAACAGAGCGGCGGGAAAUGUAAUUCUGGAACCAGGGAGUUUGAUGGCCAAGGUGUCCGGAUUCAAUGUGGUUGGAGUACCCAAGAAUCCUUCUCAGGUCACCGCAGAGGCGUCAAAAGACAUCUUAACAAAGUCCCCAGGGUGUUUGGAGCCGCGGCACAUAGGGAUGCUCCUCUCCCUUCUACAGAGUAGUCCUAACGCUUCAGAGAGGUCUCAAGUACUUAUUACAUUGGGGAAUAGCGCUGCUUUCACAGUGAAUCAGGAUCUCAUCCGUGAAUUUGGAGGCCUUUAUGUUAUUGCUGGAUUCCUUACAGACACUUCAGCAGAUGUUAGACUACAGACUUUAAAUGCUUUGAAUAACCUGAGCAUGAACAUAAGAAAUCAAGAGCAGCUGAAGGUGUACAUUCCUCAGGUUUUGGAGUUGAUAGAAAUUUCACCAGUCAACUCUGAGUUGCAGCUGGCAGCCCUGAGGUUGCUAACCAAUAUGUCGGUCACAGACAAACAUCAGCACCUAAUGAGGAACUCAGUCACCCUGUUCCUGUCACUGCUUGUAGUGAGCAAUGAAGCUCUUCAGCUUCAGGUUUUAAAGGUCCUGGUGAAUAUGUCCUCCAAUCCAGAUAUGAUUGAAGAAAUUGUCCAAGCACAGGCUCCAGCUUCCUUGGUUCUUCUGUUCGAUGGCUGUACCAAUGUCUCUGUGCUCCUCCGUCUUCUGACAUUUGUCGGAAACCUCAUGGCCUGGACACCUUCCGCCCAGGUAGCACAGGCCCUGCGGUGGAGGCCGGACUCGCUAUUCUGUGUGCUGCUAGACGAUUCCUCCCAGUUGCAUUACAGACUCCCGCAGCUACUCUCUCACCCUGACGGCGAAGUCAAGGCUCAGGUGGCUAGGAUCUUCGCAUAGCCUCCCAGCUGGGCUGUUACCUCACAUAUCCUCCCAGCAGCAAUGUUCUUUUUGCUGUCACUGUUCCUAUAACAAAAUCACCCUUCUAAACGUCCUCUCUCAUCCACAGUCCUCUUGGCGUUCUGGGCCAUGUUUGCUAAGCAGCGUUAGCUCUGCAAUGUCCACACAGUGUCUUCUUCUUGUCUUCUGAGCUCCCUAUGGGCUUAUGAAAGUCCUCACUGCCAAACCUAUUUAUAGAAAAGUGAAUGUGUCAGUUGAGACAUCAGGUGUUCCCUGCCAUACACCAAAAAAAUGACCUUUGACGGUUUUGGUACAGGGAAUGGAGUUAGUUUUGUGGAGGUUUUUGUGAGACUUACAUUUCAUAUUGCCUUUGGCAUUUUAACUGCCACAGACAGUUUACAAAGGGAAUGUUUUCAGGAUUAGAUGCAUGCUUCAGCAUGGAGAGUGAGUUUCUUACUGACUGGAUUCUUCUCAUUUGUUGUGUCUAUGUUCAAGUGUUAAUGGUCUGUAAAUGCUGCACAGCAAUUGAAGCUCCUUUUUAAGCAAAAGUCGGCAGGUAGGACAGCUCCAGAGUAGCUACCCUCUGAAGUUGACAGUUGAUACACAGUUCAGGCUUAGACAUUUGUGAAGUAAAUGUUUUUACCAAAAUAAGGAAACCACCAUCAAACGCCUCAAAACUGCAACAAAUAAUUUGGUUGUCUGCUCAACCCUAUUGCCUAACUCACCCCAACGGUGGCUUCAUAAGUUAUCAAGCUAUCUUGGAAACUGGAAGAAGACAUUCCAAGUAAUCUGUUGUUCAGAACUAGUUUUACGUCAAAAUAACUUGUCCAAAGAACAAAUGCACAAUUUUUCCCCUUAACAAUAAAACACCUAAUUAUUUAAAAUAAAACACAAUUCCUAUCCAUAUUUAUUGCAAUAAAAAUAUAGUGAGAUAGAAGUAUAGGAAUAUAUAUCCUUCUAUAUAUGUUGUUCUUUCAUUUGUUGCAACUUGUUAAUAAGGAUGCCAAAUCUGAUAAACCCAAGGGCUGCCAUAACUUUUGGUAGGCCAGAGAAAUGACAUUUUGAUUUGAAAUAUUUGUGUGAAGUAAAGAAAAUAUAUUUAAAUGGUAUUAUUUAUUCUUAGUUACAGUGUUACUCAUCUGCACAUUUGAAUGCUUAAUAUUUGUUUUAAUCAAAUAAACGUACAGAUUUUACAAAA